AUGGCAACAGUCGGCGUUUUCUUGCUGCUAUUAGAUGUUUAUUUAGCAAACAAGUUAAAAUACAAAAAGGCCACCACACCUGUGAGGUUAUUCACCGAGGAGGAGCUUCGGAGAUACGACGGCAACCGCGAGGGCGACCCCAUCUACAUGGCCAUUAAAGGGGUGGUGUUCGAUGUGAGCAGUGGAAAAGAGUUUUAUGGCAAAGACGCACCAUACAACGCUCUGGUGGGCAAAGACUCCACUCGAGCUGUGGCCAAGAUGUCUCUCCAGGCAGAAGACAUGACAUCGGAUAUCUCGGGCCUUACGGCGGAGCAGCUGCAAUCUCUGGAGAGCGUCUUUGAGGGCACCUACAAAGCCAAGUACCCCAUCGUCGGCUAUACAGCUGCACGCAUUCUCAACCAGGACGGGAGUCCCAACGAGGACUUCAAGCCAGAGGACCAGUCACAUUUUAACAUCAAAGAUGAGUUUUGA